UUAUCUACGUACGGAUAUGAGUGAAAAUAGUCCUUAUCCUCUUGCUUUAACAUCCAAACAUCCGUCCUGAUCCCCAAAACCUACUACCCAUACUAUCGGUAUCUCUUUUCGGAGAAUCACAGCUGCAUUCAUUGACACUUGAUCGUGACAUGUGAUUGUACCCCGGAUUUCAUGCCGAGUACGGUUUGGCAACACUUCAUUCCUUCUAUUGUUUCAAUUGUAGAUCUGGAGUCAAUCAAUAACUUUUCUACUCUACUUCAUCUCAGAUCAUUCUCUCUAUCAUUGUUGCAAUCAACUACGGUCUAUUACAUUCAUACUUCCCUUUUUGGAAGUGUUCAACGGCAGCCCGUUGAUCCUCCUCCACCAUUUCCUUCUCUCACAUAGCCUGUUAUCAGAAAUGACGUUGUGAAUACUAGGUAAAUGGCUGCGUUCGUAUGUUACCCAACUUCUGCCCCAUGCUUAGCUUUUCCCAACAAUCCAUCCCUCAAGAUCCCCAGCACAAUUAACUGGAUCAAUAGGAUACUCCUUGGUUGGAUCAAAUGUCUGGUACUCCAACUUCAAGAAAAGAUAGCCAUGGCGGAUCCUUAACUCCUACUGAUCCCAACCCUCCGACAAUAGCUGCAUUCUCUCCAGUCACUCUAUCACAUGCCUCGUCUGCCAAUAAGCAGAGAUCUACUAUACUCGUUCAUCAAAAGUCCCCCUUAUUGCUAGCGACUCCUCCGCAAAUUACGAGAGCUUUAGCAUAUUCGCAUCCUUUCCUAUUACCUCUCAAUAAACUUGCAGGAUUAAUAACAUGGACGAGUGGAGAUCCUUGGGAGAGCUUCUUGCUAGUCGCUAGUUUUUGGGCAUUCGUACUAUACGGAGAUGUUGUAAUGCGAUAUGCUGGACCUUUGGUGGUGGUUAUUGGUUUAAUAUUGGGGAUGUACUCGAGACGAUAUUCUCCUUUAUCAUCAACUAGCUGGACAGGAGAGAAACAGAAGAAAGGUCAUAAAAGGGUCGAGUCGGAGAUGACGAAUACCAAGCAUCAGAAAACUUUGGAUGAGAUCGUGGAGACAUUGAAGAUAUUUACGUCAAGAUGCAAUGUACUUUUGGAUCCUCUAUUACAAUUGACGGAUUUUCUAUCAACCCAACGAACUGCGACCUCUGCUACAACUCGACCAGCACUUACAACGCUUUUGAUACGGAUCCUUCUUGUCACACCCAUAUGGAUCAUUUUGACUCUCCCACCUAUACAAGUCAUCACCACAAGACGUAUUGCUUUGGUAACAGGGACAAUCUUCUUGACUUGGCAUUCUCGACCGAAUCGAAUAGCCAGAACGAUCCUAUGGAGAUCAUCUCUCGUUCGCCGCAUAUGUACUGCCAUAACUGGCCUACAUUUGACAGAUGAGCUAUCGCCAGCCACCAGUGGAAACGAUGGCAAACCUCCUCUACCACCGCGCACAUCCUCCUCCGCUGACGCAACUCUAGCAGCAGAUGCAGCUAUCAAGAGAAGACAAGAAGCACCGGGGGUAAAAUUUACAUUCAUUAUAUAUGAAAACCAGCGCAGAUGGGUUGGACUAGGAUGGACAACUUCACUAUUUGCUUAUGAGAGAUCUGCUUGGACAGACGAACACCUCAAUCCCGUUCCUCCAAAAGAAGAGUUUGAAUUACCAGAUGUAGAGGGUGGCGGGGCGAGAUGGAGAUGGGUUAAAGGUAGUCGCUGGCGUGUUGAAGGAGCCGCCGAGCAUGAUGAAGGCGGCUCUAACCCGAAGGCUGAGAGUGAUGGAGGGGCGGGGUGGAUAUAUUAUGACAACAAAGUACUUAUUAUUCAUAUCCCUCGAACAACCAAUGUACAUAGAGCUAACCUCCUACAGUGGCAAAAUGGUCGUCGUGGGCAAGACGGAUGGGGAAAGUAUACACGCCGAAGGAAAUGGUACCGUGACGCCGAGCUUGUCGAAGUCACAUCUAGCACAGAAAUAACGCCCUCCCCAACUCCAACUCAAGCAUCUGCAAGCAUAGAUUCAAACUCUGUUCGCACGCGACUCUCAUCACUCUCAGCUUCGAGAUCGAGGAGUCCGCCUCCGUAUUCAGAUCGUGAUGAUGCCAGUUUGACCAGUAAUAGGAGUGGGCGAUUCAGUAGCAAGAAAAGUAGCUUGAAGAAGGAAAGGUUGGAAAGGGGAAGUAGGAAGAGUAGCAUGAGUUUGCAAUCGGAAGUGGACGACGAAAGGCCGUUUACGAGGCCUGGGGCAACGGAUUGGGGCAUCAGUGAUGAUGCCAGAAUGGGCUUGGAGUAGGUGAGUUGGCCGGGCUUUUGGGAUUGGAAUUGGGCUUGGAGCAAAUAUGGUGUUCGGCAUAGUAGGGGAAACUCGGUUUUGUCAUGGGCGGUUAAGGAGGUAUUAUACCAUAUUGUGUGAACUGUCACCAUUUGUAGAACGCCAAACCGAUUUUGUAUAUUUAAUACGUGCGACAUGAAAUUUGUAAAGUAAUUGCACAUGAUUUGAAAC